AUGUCUAAGUGGGGAGACUUUUUUUCCGAUCUCUCGAGGCGCAUGUCAUUGAACGCUAAUAGCGUUCGAGAUGGUUCAGCUACCAAAACACACUCGACUACAGCACCCGCUGGCAAGACUACCACUACCGUAACGCCCACAAAAACGGAAAGUAAACCUGUCACCUCCAAGGCUUUUACUGGAGAAGAGACUAACAAGACUAAACUUGCACCUGCAAAGCACACUGAAGAAGAAGCUACUAAAACUAAGCCUCCUCCCUCUGCCAAGCCUGAAGGAAAGUUAUGUACUGAUGAUGAAUCCCAAGGCAGAGUUGAUCCGGCAAGUACUUGCUCGCCUAUUGUAUUGGGAGACGAGUUCAAGGAACAUCUUGACCUUAUCGGUCAUGACUUUUCAAGGGUGGAUUCCUACGCACGUGCCACUCCUGAACACGAAACUAGUUCUUUAGCACGUUUGUCCAAGCAUCUUACUUCUCGUUGGAACAAUCCUUUAGAUAAAUUACGUUCAAUUUAUGUUUGGAUUGCUGAGAACAUCUCAUAUGAUACCGAAGCCUUCUUUUCAGGAAACAUCAAACAUUGUAGUGCUGAGGAAGCUUUGAAAAAACGUAAAUGUGUUUGUGAUGGAUUCGCAGAAUUAUUUAUUGAAUUGGCUAGUAAUGCUGGAUUGAAAGUUUGGAAAGUUACGGGCAAAGCCAAAGGCGUCCACUAUGUACCUGGUGAUACUAUUGAUAAUAAAAAAUAUGCUCACGCGUGGAAUUGUACUAUAUAUAAAGGAGAAUUUCUUUUUAUCGAUAGCACUUGGGGUGCUGGACAUUUAACUGACAACGAAUUUGUAAAACGUUUUGAACCAUUUUAUUUCCUCACACGUCCAUCCUCUUUCAUAUUCACUCACUUACCUGAUGAUGAAAAGGAACAAUAUUUGUCUCCUCCGCUUACUAAAGAAGAAUUCCUUAAUUUGAAUAAUGUUAAACCACCAUUCUUUGCUGCUGGCAUGGAAUUCCGUGAAUACAUUGGACAUACUAUUACUACUAAUGAUGACUUGAUCGAUUUUGAAAUUGCAAGAUAUCAUCCUGAUGAAGGUCAACCAUUGCAUGCAGUACUUUUAUGGAAUAAUAAAAAGGUUGAAGUCUUGAUUCAAAGAGUGGUUGGAUAUGAUGCAAGUUCAGGAAAAGUCUAUAGGCUGCAAACUGCGUGUCCAAGUCGUGGUGAAGGAAAACUUGAAAUAUAUGUGAUGUUUGAAGGUAACAAGGGUCCAUUAGCCGCAUGUUUCAGGGUCGUAAACAAAGGAAGCGGAAAAAAUUAUAGUCCAUUUGUCAAGACCUUCAGAGUUCCAUUCAAAUUUACCAUCGAAAAGCCAACUCAUUUAAACCUAAAAUACAAUAAAGGAUAUAAAUUUGAAUUCACAAUAUUUGAUAUGGAAGAAGAACAACAUCCCGAAUUCUCUUUAUUUUCUCCGGAGAAAAAUAUCCGCAAAUUUCACAAAAUAUCGAGAUGUCAAGAUAGAAGUUUUACUUAUGGGCUUGAUACAAAAGUUGAUCAAAAGGGUGAUUGGAAAUUAGUACAUUCUUCGGAUGGAAAGCAUUUCGAUUUUAUUGCACAAUAUCAUGUUGAUUAA